AUGAAGUGGCAGAAAGAUCGAGUUCUGGGGAGCGGAUCGUUUGGCACUGUGUAUUUAGGUGUACCCACGAACCCUUAUAUUGAACCUGCAUAUAUUGCGAUCAAGACGUCUAGUCUUGGGAGUUCUUCGACGCUUCAGAAAGAGAGAAGAAUUCUCAGUCGGUUCGUUGGAUGUCCUGAGAUUGUUCGUUGUCUCGGGGCUGAGUUGAGCAGAGAAUGUGGGCUAUAUUACUACAACCUUCUACUCGAGUAUGCAUCGGGAGGUACUCUACAAGAUCUAAUCAACGGAAGUGGAGGAAAGCUGGAGGAGCACGAUGUUCGAAGGUAUACUAGGAUGAUUCUCAAAGGGCUUCUUUCUCUCCACGAACAAGGGUACGUUCAUUGUGAUCUUAAGCCGGCCAAUAUUCUUGUUUUUAGCACUAGCAUGGGUGUAAGCGAGGUAAAGAUCACCGAUUUUGGGCUUGCGAAGAUUCCCGGGGAGGAGAAUGAGUUUAUGAGAAAAAGGUUCUCCUUUCGAGGUACUCCCUAUUACAUGUCUCCAGAAUCGGUUUUGUUGGGCAUAAUCACUCCCUCAUUAGAUAUAUGGUCUCUGGGAUGCGUAGUGGUGGAGAUGGUCACUGGAAACGUGGCAUGGGAUAGCAGUCUGAGCACGGACGAGUUAAUGGUUGAAAUCGCUUGUGGGGACCCAACAAACAUACCUGAAACAAUGUCAGAGCUUGGGAAAGAUUUCUUGCGGGGGUGUUUUGAGAGGAACCCAUUGAAGAGGUUGACAGCUGAGAAGCUACUGCUUCAUCCUUUUCUGGUCGAGGGUAGUCAAGGUUCUCCAUCUGCAGGAUCUGCCCUUGGUUGUUCUUCCUUCAAUGAAACCCUAUGCUUCAAAAAACUUUCUUCCUCCUCCACCCGGGUUUUCAUGAACACGAACAAGCCGCCGUCUCCAGAAAAACGACCUCCUCCCACUUCGUGGCUCCAAGCUACGAACACAAACUGCAUGUUCACUAUCCCUGCAUUUGAUCGUCCCAUGAAACAAUCAAGUAUAAUCCGGCCAUAUCGCUUGUUUCCUAGCUGA